CGCGUUAAUUAUAAUUUUAUUUUAAGAAACGCAUUUAACGUAUUUGUGACUUCGUAUCCUCUUUAAAAAGCAGGAUCAAUUAGUCAUGAAUAUCAGAAAUACUUAAAACAAACAAACAAACUGAUGUACAAUCUGAAGUGUUUCACGACAGUCAGAAAACCUUCGUCCUUUCGCAUGCGGUUCUCGUGUUUGUUUUGCAGAUUUAAUUACCAUGUCGAUGAUGAACCUUAUUAAACUAUCGCGGCUGUUCAACCAGACAAGACAUUUUGUGAAUAUUACACCUCUUAGCUGUAAUAUCUUGUCUUUUCUUCGGAUAUCCCGACUCCAGUCAACGUAUAAAACUUUUCCGUUUGCAAAUUAUAAUCGUUUAUUUAGUCGAAGUCAUGUCAAGGUUUCUCCUUUCCUCUUUUGUGAAUCCUUUAUUCCGAUUCCUCAAAGGACUUUAUUAAAUCGAUGUCAAAGCUGUUACUAUUCUUCGUCUUCUUCUUCGACAAAUGACGGUUCUGAUGAUUACAACGAUUCCUUUAAGGAAUUCGACGAUGAUCCAGAAAUACAAUCGCUUUUGCAAAACAUCAAAGGCGAUUUCAAAGUUUUCACCAACGAAGAAUUAGACGAGAAUAAUGUUAGAGUUUCAGAAAAUGUCAGUUCCGAGGCCAAAAGACUUUCUGAUUCCAAUGUGAUCAGAUUUGAAUCGGAAUCAGAUUCGGAGAGUUCGGAAGAAUCCGAAGAUUCCGACAUUGAAGAUUUUCUGGAUUCUGGAUUUAUGGCUGAUGAUACAGAAAUCGAAGAAUUCGAAAUCCCGCAAUAUGUGCCACCGAUUGAAUUGAAAAGAGGGAAAACUGGUGUCUUUGACCUUGAUGAACUUGCCACAGUUUUGAAAGAAGAGAAUGCCAGGGACUUGUGCGUAAUCAGUGUUCCUGCUGAUAUCAACUAUGUGGACUAUCUUGUAUUGGUCAGUGGAAUAUCUCCAAGACAUAUUAAGGCCAUGGCUGAGCUCAUGAAAUGGCUGUAUAAAAGAAAAAGGUCUCGUUAUGAUCCACCUUUACGUAUUGAAGGCCUUCAAACAAAUAACUGGAUAGCAAUGGAUUUAGGUAAUAUUGCCCUCCACAUAUUUCUUCCACACAUCCGUGAAUUGUAUGACCUCGAGACCUUAUGGGCUGUCGGAGCUGAACACGAUGACCUCUGCAAAGAGGCUGAAGAGAAAUACAUCAUAUCAAACCCAAGCUUGCUUUCUCCGAGAGGUUCAAACACCGAAGAGAAGCAAACGUCUGCCCAAACCACUCCGUCAUAAUAACUGAGGGAAGCACGCAGACACACACAUGCAUACGGGCACACCUAUGUAUACACAUAUAUAAACACAAACUCUCAAAAAUAUUAUUGGUUUUCCUAAACUUUGUAGAACCCCAAGAAUGAAGGUGUCCAUUGUUUCUUUGUAUUUAUUAUUUCUUCUGUAAGGAAAAUAAAUUUAUUUUACUUAUUUA